AGAUUUAUCCCUGGAUCCAACUUGCCUCACCUAUAUAUCUUCCAAGCAAGACUUGUGCACAUAGCUGGACCUUCUCUUCUUGAUCUGGCCAACAAGAUCGGUGGCGCACAGGUAUCGGGUCAUCACUUGGUCUCUGAAUUCUCAGGAUUGGAGUUGAAGAAGAGCAUCAUGCUUGGUGGGCAGAGCGAGACCGUCAAGUACAGGGUCUUUGCUGGAACAUGGAACGUGGGCGGCUUGGCGCCGCCGGAUGACCUGGACUUGGAGGAUUGGCUGGACACGAAGAACGACUCCUACGACAUCUAUGUUCUUGGGUUCCAGGAGAUUGUGCCGCUGAACGCGAGGAACGUGCUUGGCCCCAAGCAGAGGCGGGCGGCCAUGAAGUGGCAGCUGCUCAUCGGCGACGCAUUGAACAGCACGAGGCAUGGAGCUGCAGGAAUGCAUGGUCAAGGACAGGGGGGCGCGUUCAGGUGCCUCAUGAGCAAGCAGAUGGUCGGAAUCUUCGUGUCGGUCUGGACGAGGAGCAGCCUCUGCCGGCACGUCCGCCACCCCGGCGUGUGCAGCGUCGGCGCCGGCGUCCUCGGCCGGCUCGGCAACAAGGGCGCGGUGUCCGUCCGGUUCUUGCUCCACGGCACGAGCUUCUGCUUCGUCUGCUGCCACCUGGCCUCAGGCGGCGAGAAGGGCGACGCGCUGCGCCGGAACGCCGACGCCGCGGGCAUCCUCUCCAGGACCAGCUUCCUCGGCUUCGGCGGCGUGGCGGCAGCACCCGGUGAGGUGCCCAAGAAGAUUCUUGGCCAUGACCGCGUGGUGUUGCUCGGCGACCUCAACUACCGGAUCGCCAUGGACGAUGACGAAGCACGGCAGCUGGUGAGGGCCAGGAAAUGGGGCAUGCUGCUGGAGGGCGACGAGCUGCUGCUGGAGCUCUCCAGUGGCCGUCAGUUCCACGGCUGGCACGAGGGCCACGUCACCUUCGCCCCGACCUACAAGUAUAGCCGCAACUCCGACCACCUCCACUGGUGCGCUGACGGCGUCGCCGCCGGCCGCGAGAAGCAGCACCGCGCGCCGGCAUGGUGCGACCGCAUCCUCUGGCGCGGGAAGGGGAUGAAGCAGGUCCGGUACGAGCGCUGCGGUUGCUACCGGCUCUCCGAUCACCGCCCGGUCAGGGCUUUGUUCCACGCCGUGUGCGAACUGGCGGAUGGCUAAGCUGUAGGCUAGCUUGCGUGCUUUGAAUGAAAAGCGUUUAAUUAACAAACGAGACUCUUAAUUUUACAAAGUGUUCAAAAAUUUCGGCCAGAAAUUUCACACGGAACUGGUUACUGGUUCCUGCAUCGAUGCGCUUUCAAGCUGGUUUGCGCCUGAUUCCUAUCUGCUGGAGAAAAUUGGAGCACAUUUUCUGUUCUCGGCUGAGGAUAUAUGGAACCAAAGGAUCAUUGACCAAUUAAUUAUCUGACAGGUUAUUGUCCACACCUGAUUCAUGUGCCGGAGGCAUACAACUUUGUGCGCCGGGUCAACUCGAUGAAACCAGUUUUUCGUGGUUUCAACAAGAUGCAUGUCUUCACUA